CACCAACAUCUCUACUGCUAUACCACGUGACUAUUGGCAAAACAAUGGUGGUAUCCUGUUGUGCUUACGGUUGUACCGAGCGUUUUGUGAAGGGAAGUAACAUUAAAUUUCACGUGUGUUGAUGACCACGAGUUUAUUAUUCCAACACAGACGGUUCUGUGCCGAGAGGACAUGUACGUAUGGAGAAGAUCACAAACAUGUCAUGACUAUUUUUUGUUUAUCACAUCACUCAAUGAGACAAUUAAAGGAAAACCACUUUCAGUUGACUGUGAAAAGUCUCCAAUCGUACAUGAAAUAGCUACACUGCUGGCAAAAAUUGAGGAGUGGAUUGAUCAACAUGUGCCUACUACCCUGUCUCUUAGAGGAAGAAGUGAAGUUUUUAAGAUAUGGCAUGCCAGACUAAAGAAUGAAGCAAAUAGACUUCUUUCUGAGGCUUUACCUGAAGAAUUUUACAAUAGUGUAAUGGAAAUUGUGGUGUACUUCAUGGAAUCAUUUGGAAGUCCAGUUCAUUUUAACUAUGGCCCACGCCAUGAAAUGUCAUUUGGAUUGUUUCUGUGCUGCCUCAUCAGGAUUGGAGCACUUACCGCAAAAGAUCAAGAGGGAAUAAUUACUGUUGUGUUUGUCAGUUACAUAAAAGUGAUUCACAAAUUGCAAACCACGUAUGGCUUGAGAUAUGCUCGGAGACAUGGCGUCUGGCAAUUAGAUGAUCCUAUGUACCUACCAUACAUAUGGGGCAGUUCUCAGCUCAUAGGUCAUCCACAUGUUUAUCCCAGCUCUAUUAUUGAAUCAGAAUGUGUAGAUAUGUAUUCACAAGAUUAUAUGUUUCUGGCAUGUGUAAAACAUAUCAAUGAGAUAAGAGCUGGCAGUAUUGCUGAACACUCCAUCCAGCUGUGGAAUCUUAGUGGUGUUCCUUCGUGGCCCAAAAUAAAUGAGCAUCUACUUAACAUAAGAUACCGGGAAGAUGUACUGGGGAAAUUCCAAAUCGUCCAUCAAACACUUGUUGGCUCCUUGAUGACAAUGCAGCCAUGUGCAAGAGAGCCUGAAUGGAUGUUUAAAUUUUUUUGAAUGACUUUAGGCACAGUUUCUUAAGAAUAAUUAUGGAAAUACCAGAAUUGUUAAACUAAGCUUUAUUGCUUUCUCAGUGCAUGCAGCCUUAUCUUUGGAGCCCAAAGAGAUUGUGCAAUAAA